AUGGUGCACCCAAAUACUCGCUGCUCAACAGCGCUGCUCGUGCUGGUUGCUCUGGCACAUGUAGUGCACCAUAACUUCGUGGCUGCUCCCUUUCCGGCACUUCGGGUUCAGACCUCCUUGCGCCGUUCUAGCAUUGUCAAGACGUGCGUGUUGCGCAAGGUGGGCGCAAAUCAGCAUUGGCCGUAUGGACUAGUGGAUGCUCAGAGCUCUGAUUUCUAUGCCCGUAAGUUGGAUGGCGACUUCUUCGCCGAUGUCAAGAACAGCGACCUUUUCCUGCAAGCUUUGAAGGAAGAUGCCGGCGAGAUCUCCAGCGAGCAAAUCUCGUCCGGGUAG